ACCAAUAUAGACAAUCUAGAAGCGAGCCCCCGGAUAUAUGCGUUCUCUGAGGGCGGAAGUCUCGUAGCUCUCGCAGUCCCUCUCCAAUUGGCUUCGGCGGUUCGACUUCAGCAAGCCUUCCCCAGGGCCAAAAAUGAACGACCUUAAAGUUAGUCGCACGGUGAUCCCACCCACGAGCUUUAGUCGCUUCCCUGCGUCUUUUCUCUUCUUUUCAAUGACACAUCUGAACGUUAGCUGCGGCUUUCGUUUUUCCAACGAUGAUGAUCCAUCAUUAACUUUGGCCGCGCAGGCUUGGUUGCGCUCGAAUGGAUUCUGGUGGAACGAGGACGCCAUCGAGCUCGGUUGUGUUGUCGGUGAUUCGGAGAGAAAUAAAACGUCUCGAGUUGGCGUCCUCGCUCGUCGCAACAUCGACGUCGGCGAAAUUGUGGCACGGAUUCCAACGUCACAGUGUCUCACUUGUGGAGGCUGCGCUCACCAAAAGUUAGUUGGCGACUUGGAAAUAUCUCUUGGGAAAGGAGAAUGGCUCGCCUUGCUCGGUUUCGCUUUGCUUCUGGAACGUGGGAUCGACGCAGGAAAAUCUUCAAGUUGGAACGCCUAUCUUAGGUACUUGCCAGCGGCCGAGCAAGGAGUGACGGCGUUGUGGCCAGAAAACAGGAAAAGAUAUCUCGCGGGGACAGACGUUGAUCUCGCCCUCCGAGAUGAGAGGGCACAAGCAAAAACAGAGUGGGAAACACACAUAGAGCCAAUUUUAUCGAGGUCAGAAUAUGCGGAAUCAGGAUUUACAUUCGAAGAUUAUUUGUCUGCUCGGUCUGUGGUUUCUUCAAGGGCAUUCACCAUCUGUCCCAAAGUCGGUGUUGGACUGGUGCCACUCGCUGAUUUGUUCAAUCAUCGCACAGGCGGCCAUCACGUGCUACUGACGGAUAUAGAAGACGAAAGUAUAUUGCCAGAAAGUGCACGACCCCAACAAUCAACGAAAGAAGGGGCGAGCUAUAUGUAUGUCAGGUUGGUGAGGAGCGCCAGGAAGGAUGAGGAGCUGUUUAACUCCUAUGGAGAGCUAGGAAACGCAGCACUCCUCUCAUCUUACGGGUUCUGUCAGCGGGACAACCCAGGUGACCAGGUGACAUUUGGAGUACCAGCCUUACGCGCGGCUGCGGGUCUUUGUGGUGUCGAUGGAUUACAAAUUGCAUCUCGUCUACGAUGGUGUGAGGCUAAUGGACUGUGUGAGGAAGAUUCAACGUUUCAUCUGAAAGCUCAGUCGCCACCAUCAAAUACCUUGCUGUUAGUUCUCUGGAUUCUCGCGGCUUCACCGGAUGAAUUCGGCGAAUUCUCUGAUUCGUUGAAGGGGAAACGGAUGUUUGGCACGGAUAAAGUCGCACAAUACAUUUCUGAGGUACAACACUGUGGUGGGUUCGAAAACGUAAAAACUCUUCAGGUGUUGAUGAAGAUGCUUGAAAGACGCAGGGCGCUUUAUGCAAGCACUCCCAGCGAUGAUUCCGAGUGGGCAUCAUAUUGUCUAAUUCUCGUGGACUCUGAGCUUGGGAUUAUAUUAGACUGCGAGAAAUAUCUAGAAGAGAAGCUCAACGGUAGGUUUGAAGCUGGAAAUGCCAGUAAGAAACGAAAGGUUAUCAGCACGGGAAAUAUCGUGUGCACCACCACCACAUCGGACGCCGCGUUCUCCCUGUUUGAUUAAGAACUUUAACGAAGGUUAAUAACAUUCAUUGCGGUUAAUAUCAUUAUUCAUUAUUAUCCUC